GGGCGGAGGCGCGCCCGCCCGGCGGGGCCGCGCACGCAGCUGCUGCCGCCGCAGCCGCCUCCCUCCCUCCUUGCUGGCCCUCCUCCCCUUCCCUCCCCUCCGCCCCCUUCCCCGUAGGCAGCCGGCCCGCCAGCCCGCCCGCCCGCCCGCACUGCCUCCCUCCCGGCCCCUGGCGCUCGGGCUGGGUCUCUCCCCCGCCCCCAGGCUCUCCCAGUCGCUCUCCUCAGGCGGUCGCCCGCGCUCGGUGGAUGUGGCUGGCAGCCGCCGCCCCCUCCCUCGCUCGCCGCCUGCUCUUCCUCGGCCCUCCGCCUCCUCCCCUCCUCCUUCUCCUCCUCAGCCGCUCCUCUCGCCGCCGCCGCCGCCUCCACAGCCUGGGCCUCGCCGCGAUGCCGGAGAAGAGGCCCUUCGAGCGGCUGCCUGCCGAUGUCUCCCCCAUUAACUACAGCCUUUGCCUCAAGCCCGACUUGCUGGACUUCACCUUCGAGGGCAAGCUGGAGGCCGCCGCCCAGGUGAGGCAGGCAACCAAUCAGAUUGUGAUGAAUUGUGCUGAUAUUGACAUUAUUACAGCUUCAUAUGUACCAGAAGGAGAUGAAGAAAUACAUGCUACAGGAUUUAACUAUCAGAAUGAAGAUGAAAAAGUCACCUUGUCCUUUCCUAGUACUCUCCAACCAGGUACAGGAACCUUAAAGAUAGAUUUUGUUGGAGAGCUGAAUGAUAAAAUGAAAGGAUUCUAUAGAAGUAAAUAUACUACCCCUUCAGGAGAGGUGCGCUAUGCUGCUGUCACACAGUUUGAGGCUACUGAUGCCCGGAGAGCUUUUCCUUGCUGGGAUGAGCCUGCCAUCAAAGCAACUUUUGAUAUCUCAUUGGUUGUUCCUAAAGACAGAGUAGCUUUAUCAAACAUGAAUGUAAUUGAUCGGAAACCAUACCCUGAUGAUGAAAAUGUAGUGGAAGUGAAGUUUGCCCGCACACCUGUCAUGUCUACAUAUCUGGUGGCAUUUGUUGUGGGUGAAUAUGACUUUGUAGAAACAAGGUCAAAAGAUGGUGUGUGUGUCCGUGUUUACACCCCUGUUGGCAAAGCAGAGCAAGGAAAAUUUGCGUUAGAGGUUGCUGCUAAAACUCUGCCUUUUUAUAAGGAUUACUUCAAUGUUCCUUAUCCCCUACCUAAAAUUGAUCUCAUUGCUAUUGCAGACUUUGCAGCUGGUGCCAUGGAGAACUGGGGCCUUGUUACUUAUAGGGAGACUGCAUUGCUUAUUGAUCCAAAAAACUCCUGUUCUUCAUCACGCCAGUGGGUUGCUCUGGUUGUAGGACAUGAACUCGCCCAUCAAUGGUUUGGAAAUCUUGUUACUAUGGAAUGGUGGACUCAUCUUUGGUUAAACGAAGGCUUCGCAUCGUGGAUUGAGUAUCUUUGUGUAGAUCACUGCUUCCCAGAGUAUGAUAUCUGGACUCAGUUUGUUUCUGCUGAUUAUACCCGUGCCCAGGAGCUUGAUGCCUUAGAUAACAGCCAUCCUAUUGAAGUUAGUGUGGGCCAUCCUUCUGAAGUUGAUGAGAUAUUUGACGCUAUAUCGUAUAGCAAAGGUGCGUCUGUCAUCCGAAUGCUACAUGACUACAUUGGGGAUAAGGACUUUAAGAAAGGAAUGAACAUGUAUUUAACCAAGUUCCAACAGAAGAAUGCUGCCACAGAGGAUCUCUGGGAAUGUUUAGAAAAUGCUAGUGGUAAACCUAUAGCAGCUGUGAUGAAUACCUGGACCAAACAAAUGGGAUUUCCUCUCAUUUAUGUGGAAGCGGAACAGGUAGAAGAUGACAGAUUACUAAGGUUGUCUCAGAGGAAGUUCUGUGCCAGUGGACCAUAUGUUGGAGAAGACUGUCCCCAGUGGAUGGUUCCUAUUACAAUUUCUACUAGUGAAGAUCCCAACCAGGCCAAACUUAAAAUUCUGAUGGACAAGCCAGAGAUGAAUGUGGUUUUAAAAGAUGUCAAACCAGACCAGUGGGUGAAGUUAAACCUGGGAACGGUUGGGUUUUAUCGGACCCAGUACAGCUCGGCCAUGCUGGAAAGUUUAUUACCAGGCAUUCGUGACCUUUCUCUGCCCCCUGUGGAUCGACUUGGACUACAGAAUGACCUCUUCUCCUUGGCUCGAGCUGGAAUCAUUAGCACUGUAGAGGUUCUAAAAGUCAUGGAGGCUUUUGUGAAUGAGCCCAAUUAUACUGUAUGGAGCGACCUGAGCUGUAACCUGGGGAUUCUCUCAACUCUCUUGUCCCACACAGACUUCUAUGAGGAAAUCCAGGAGUUUGUGAAAGAUGUCUUUUCACCUAUAGGGGAGAGACUGGGCUGGGACCCCAAACCUGGAGAAGGUCAUCUAGAUGCACUCCUGAGGGGUUUGGUUCUGGGCAAACUAGGAAAAGCAGGGCAUAAGGCAACAUUAGAAGAAGCCCGUCGUCGGUUUAAGGACCACGUGGAAGGGAAACAGAUUCUCUCGGCUGAUCUGAGGAGUCCGGUCUAUCUCACUGUUUUGAAGCACGGUGAUGGCACUACCUUAGAUAUUAUGCUGAAGCUUCACAAACAAGCAGACAUGCAGGAAGAGAAAAACCGAAUUGAAAGAGUCCUUGGGGCUACUCUUUCACCUGAGUUGAUUCAAAAAGUCCUCACGUUUGCACUUUCGGAAGAGGUACGUCCGCAGGAUACUGUCUCGGUAAUUGGUGGAGUGGCUGGAGGCAGCAAGCAUGGAAGGAAGGCUGCUUGGAAGUUCAUAAAGGACAACUGGGAAGAACUUUAUAAUCGAUACCAGGGUGGAUUCUUAAUAUCCAGACUAAUAAAGCUAUCAGUUGAGGGAUUUGCAGUUGAUAAGAUGGCUGGAGAAGUUAAGGCUUUCUUCGAGAGUCACCCAGCUCCUUCAGCUGAGCGCACCAUCCAGCAGUGUUGUGAAAAUAUCCUGCUGAAUGCUGCUUGGCUAAAGCGUGAUGCUGAGAGCAUCCACCAGUACCUCCUUCAGCGAAAGGCCUCGCCACCCACAGCAUGAACCUGGAGCGUGCCACCACUAUGGUUCUGCUGCUUCAUGCAGGGAUAAGGUGGAGCGACCGAACAGCUGAUUUACAUGCCAAGAAUUUGGAGUCUUCUGUCAAGCCAGUGGGGGUUGGACAAUGAAUGUAGUUAACUGAUUCCUGCUCACACUCCAGAAUAAAAUUCUAUUAAAAAAAGGAAAAUCAGCAAUUCAGCAAAAAAAAUAAAAAAUGAAAAUGUAAAUAUGAUAGUAAUAAAAUAGAGCAUAACGAAACUGUGAAACUUCCUGAAGCCUUGUCAGUGGUUAAAAGUAUUUAACACUCUCCUGUUAAUGACAGAUGUUCUGUUUUUAUAACCUACCAAAAGGAAACUAGAGGCUUCUGGGUGAAGAGGAUUUUUGUGAAGUGGGUUCUGCAAGCAGCCUACAAGCCAAGGGUCCAUCGCUGGGAAUGGUUAUACAUGAAAGACUGAUAGCUGGUAUAACGUAGUCUGUGCAUAAUCCCAGGAGGGGUUUUGUGUGCGUGUGCGUGUGCGUGUGUGUGUUUUGGCAUGGGGAUUGAUCAGGAAGAUAUAUUUUCCUGUAUAACUUCAGUCUGAACCACGGAUUGUAGUUUUCCUCCUUGCCUUCCCUUCUGUGUGACCCCUUGGCAAAAAAGAAAAGUUAAGAAAAACACAAAAACUUAUCCUGGUCUGGGUUUUUUCCUCCCUUUAGUUCCAUCCCCAAUCCCCCCACCCUGGUGUCCUUCUUAAAGAUAAAGAAUAAUAAGGAAACAUCUUUUAUAGCCACAUUAAAUAAGAGAAACUGAUAUACAUUUUUUUUCUUUUUUUUUUUAAGAUGACUUUUAAGAACCCUGAAAUGCAUAUAGGUGAGACAAUAGAAAUGAAAGGCUUUCAGCCAGGCCUUUCUGACUUAACUCUGCUGAAAAUUGUUUUAGUUGUCUGACAGGCCAACUGUUGAACCCUUCUAUGACAGUAUCAACAUUGGCUUCUGGUUCAUUCUGGGCAUGUAAGAAGUCAGGGCUUAUACAUUAAUGGUAACUGGCUAAAAAAACAACAAAGACUAUACGCCUGUGUGUGCCACUCUGCUUCCACAGUGUAUCCUAUUAACAAGCCUCACCUACCUAAUCCAGUGAGUUUUAACUCUAAAUCUCAUUCCUUUCCCUCUCUCUCAAACUUUUUUUUCCCAUUUCUUUUUCUUUAAAAAAAAGUAUUUUUGUGUGUUAUUAACAGGAAUUCAUAUUUGGUGUGGCUUAACUGUAUUUCAGAAGGUCAUCAGAUUGUGAGACUGCUUCCAUGAAACAUUUUUGUGCUAUUGUUUUAAGAAAAUAAUAAUUAAAAAACAGUUGGCGUUAAUAAAAAUGUCAAUGUAAAACUG